AUGGCGGACCACCUCGAACCUCACAGUGUCCAGCCCUUUGGAUACUACGGGGCCAUCAUUCACUCUCUCUCUCCUGAAACGUUGGAAAUAAUUGAGCAAGGGCUCAUUGUCAUUGACGGAGCCGGCAAGAUCGCUCUGGUUGAAAGAAAGGUUGACCGAAGCAAAAUCAAGGAGGUCCUGGUCAAGCAUGGGUUCGACGGAUCCACCAAGAUUGAGAUUCUUGACAAUGGGCAGUUUCUCAUCCCAGGCUUGAUUGACACUCACAACCAUGCUCCUCAAUGGACACAGCGAGGAACUGGACGCGGAAGGUUGCUGAUGGAUUGGCUCAAUACGAUCACAUUCCCCCACGAAUCCAGAUUUGCAGACCCUGAAUAUGCCAAAGUCACAUACGCUUCUUGUGUGGAUGGUUUUAUCAACCAGGGGAUCACAACUGCCUCUUACUAUGGCUCGUUGCAUGGCGAGGCUACCAAGAUACUUGCCGAAACUUGCCUAGAAAAGGGUCAAAGGGCGUUUGUUGGCAAGUGUAAUAUGAAUCGAAACGCCCCCGACUUCUACAAAGACGCCAGCGCCAGCGAAUCUAUCCAAGUCACUGAAGAUUUCAUCUCCCAUGUCCGAAAAAUCGACCCGACUGCCCGUUUAGUCACACCAAUUCUAACCCCUCGUUUCGCUAUAGCCUGUGAUGCGGAAGUCCUUACAGGACUUGGACAGAUAGCAGCGAAAAACCCCGACCUGCCUAUCCAAACCCAUUUCGAUGAAGCGGAGCAAGAGAUGGAAAUCACGAAGGAACUCUUUCCAGAAUUCGACAACGAAGCUGAUCUCUACGAGCAUUUUGGUCUGCUGAAUAGAAGGUCCAUCUUGGCGCACUGUAUAUAUGUUGGAGAGUAUGAAAUGGGUCGAUUGAAGGCCCUCGAUUGUGGAGUCUCGCACUGUCCAGUGUCUAAUACCACCGGUGGAAUGUUCGGCAUGGCACCAAUACGAGAAUAUCUCCGAAGAGGCAUCAAGGUGAGCCUUGGAACUGAUAGUGGAGGCGGAUAUUCUUCUUCGAUUAUUGAUGCUAUGCGACAAGCUUUCGUAGUCUCCGUGGCAAGGGAGACUCUCUGUGGCGGCAAAGACACAUCCCUGUCCGUGGCCGAGUGUUUUUUCAUGGCAACCUUGGGAGGAGCACAAGUUUGCUGUCUCGAAGACAAAAUCGGAAACUUCGUGGUGGGAAAAGAAUUUGACGCUUUGGAAAUUCAGACGGUUGGCCCACACUCUGGUACUAUCACGCCUAUUGAGGAUAUCGACAAGCUCCCGGAUCUAUUUGAGAAGUUUAUUAUGACCGGCGAUGAUCGAAAUAUAGCUAAGGUGUAUGUGAAGGGGAGACAAAUCAAGGGCUAG